AUGGCUGAAAACGCUCCAGUCUCGACUCCGUCGUCCCUCCCUUCCGCGCCACAGCCCGCGGUCGGAAACCAAAACCAACAGUACGAUGCUUCUCAAGGCAACGGCCAGGGCCAGUCCCACAUGCCGCCGCCCCCGCGCCCUCCCGUGAUUAUUCCCCAGAAUACCAACCCAAUCCCCACCGCCGUGGGCUCUCCUAUGUCCGGCGUCGCCAUGAUGUCCCCUACAAGUGCUGGUGGGUUCGUCCGCCGAGCGGCUCCCGAGCCUAACAAGAGAGCACUGUACGUGGGUGGACUGGAUCCGAGGGUCACUGAGGACAUCCUCAAGCAAAUUUUCGAAACAACCGGCCACGUGGUCAGCGUGAAGAUCAUUCCCGACAAGAAUGGUCAAUUCACCACCAAGGGACACAACUACGGAUUUGUCGAGUUUGAUGACCCAGGUGCGGCUGAGAGAGCCAUGCAGACUCUAAAUGGCCGCAGAAUCCACCAAUCGGAAAUUCGUGUCAACUGGGCCUACCAGUCCAACAGCACCAACAAGGAGGAUACUUCUAACCACUUCCAUAUCUUCGUCGGCGAUUUGAGCAACGAAGUCAAUGACGAGGUGCUAACCCAGGCAUUCUCUGCCUUCGGUUCUGUUUCCGAAGCACGUGUGAUGUGGGAUAUGAAGACUGGCCGCUCCCGCGGAUACGGCUUUGUUGCCUUCCGUGACCGCGCAGAGGCCGACAAGGCGCUGAACGCAAUGGAUGGUGAAUGGCUCGGCUCUCGUGCGAUCCGCUGCAACUGGGCGAACCAGAAGGGUCAGCCUUCGAUCUCACAGCAGCAGGCCCUGGUUGCCAUGGGUAUGACGCCUACCACUCCUUUCGGUCACCACCACUUCCCUACCCACGGCCUUCAGAGCUAUGAUAUGGUCGCCCAGCAGACCCCUCAGUGGCAGACUACUUGCUACGUGGGCAAUCUCACUCCUUACACCACUCAGAAUGACUUGGUUCCCCUGUUCCAGAACUUUGGUUAUGUCCUUGAGACUCGCCUCCAGGCCGAUCGUGGUUUUGCAUUUGUGAAGAUGGACACUCAUGAAAAUGCUGCUUCCGCGAUCUGCCAAUUGAAUGGGUACAAUGUCAACGGUCGUCCUCUGAAGUGUAGCUGGGGUAAGGAUCGCCCUCCAACUGGCCAAUUCGACGCCUUCACUCCCCAGGCCAAUGCAGCCCCCUUCAACGCCAGCCCUGCUGCAUUGAUGACUAUCCCUCCCUCUGUUCAUUCGCUUAUUGAUCUAAUAGGUCCUGCCCCUGCUGGUCGAGGCUGGGAUCAACAAGCUAAUAACUUCAAUGGACCUGCCAUGGCUGGCCAGGGCUACGCCCAGGCAGGUAAUGGCGGCGGCUACGGCCGUGGCCAGCCCAUGUCCCCUGCUGGCAACUGGGACCAGUCCAACUUCAAUGGAGGCUACCAGGCGUAG